AUGGUGAAUAACGCAUUACCCGAGACGGAAAGGGAGUGGAAGGAAGCCGCUCGGAAGUACAAGGUAAAGAAUCAAAACCUGUGUAUGAACUUGAAAUUGCAUUCCGCGUCUAGAGUCAGCUAUAAGCAGUUUCUACUCUUCAGGACCAUCCUGCCGUCCAUUGUUCCCCCACAGCAGCUCAAUAACCAGACCCUUGGCAUUGCACCUCUGAUUGGGCAAGCCAAGCAACUCCUGAGUGAUGUGGCAUUCCAGGAUUAUAUCUUAGAUGUCUCCACCAGGCAGAUUCAGGGGACUUGGAGUGCAGCUUGGGGAGGAAACGACAGACUGUUCAGGGUUCCAGCUAUCCAGCAACAGCAAGUAAUUCGGGACGAGCUUCGGGACGAACGUUGUGAAGCCAGUGUUAACACUUCCAUCGUUUCCUUUUUGCAAGCUAUUGCGGAGCUGGUUCCUCAGUCUGGACGCCAAUGGACGGCUGAUAGAAUCAAGCUUAUAGCAGACUUUAGCACGCGACGACGCAACAGACAGUUCGUUGCAUAUACCGAUGGCCAGCUGGAGGAUACCGCUAGUCGUCGGCCUUUGGCACUCAUUGAGUGUAAGCGAUCGCGGCGGGAUGAUCAUUCCCCAGAUGUUGAUAUGCAGGAGGUGGCACAGAUGGUGGCAUGGGUGAAGCAGCACCCGGGCGUCCCAGGAAACGAUAAGCGAGUUCUUGUGUCGCAGGAUGGAACGGAUAUUUAUAUCUCGGUCCUCCAGUACGACCCAGGAUGGUUCCGCUAUCUCCAGGGAGGCCGCGGGAGUAUCGUGCAUGCUGGAUUUGCCUACAUGCACAGAUACGGCCCUUGGAAUAUCUGGGUAGCACAACAAAUGGAGCAUUUUGCCCAAGUUAUCCUCGCCCUGCUAUUUCUGUAG